CGUUAACAGAAACGAACUUCUCAUCAAUUUGAAAUGGCUCGAACCAAGCAGACCGCUCGUAAAUCUACUGGUGGUAAGGCGCCAAGGAAGCAAUUGGCUACCAAGGCUGCAAGAAAGAGUGCUCCCGCCACCGGAGGAGUAAAGAAGCCUCAUCGUUAUAGGCCUGGAACCGUCGCUCUUCGUGAAAUCCGUCGUUAUCAGAAAAGCACUGAGCUUUUAAUCCGCAAACUUCCUUUCCAACGUCUGGUUCGUGAAAUUGCUCAAGAUUUCAAAACUGAUCUUCGUUUCCAGAGUUCUGCCGUUAUGGCUCUCCAGGAAGCCAGCGAAGCUUACUUGGUUGGUCUCUUUGAAGACACUAACUUGUGCGCCAUUCAUGCCAAACGUGUCACCAUCAUGCCUAAGGACAUCCAGUUGGCUCGCCGUAUUCGAGGAGAACGUGCUUAAUUUUUAACUUCAAAUUCUUCAAAACAAUCGGCCCUUUUCAGG